CCCACCCACAUCAACGCCAUUUUCAUCUUCAUUCUCUCACUUCAAAAAAUGGGGAUUUGUAGCUCAUGCGAUUCGACAGCUGUGGCCACCGCUAAAUUGAUAUUACAUGACGGUAGCCUCCAGGAAUUCUCCUACCCGGUUAAAGUUUCAUACGUAUUACAAAAGAAUCCAUCCACCUUCAUCUGUAAUUCCGACGAGAUGGAAUUUGAUGAUGUUGUUUCCGCUAUCCGUGAUGAGGACGUGCUUCAUCCUGGUCAGCUCUACUUCGCGCUUCCGUUGACUCGGUUGAGGCGUCCGCUUCUGCCGGAGGAGAUGGCUGCAUUGGCUGUAAAAGCUAGCUCCGCAUUGGCCAAAAGCGGUGGCGAAAAAUGCGGUUGUCGUCGGAAAAACCUUAAUUUCACAGCACCUGUGUGUUCAGGUGGUCAUAGCAAUACGAAGAGUUCGGGUCGGGUAUCGGAUGUAGGGAGUAUUGGAUCUAGAAGCGAUAGGAGGAGAGGCGUUGGUAGCGGAAGGAGGCGUAACUUUACGGCAAUGUUAACGGCCAUACCUGAAUAGGGCGGAGGUCGGAGGCGAAUCGGUGGUAGUGUUGUAAAUAUUGUAAUGAUUUUUUUUGUUGUUGUAGUGAGAUCGAUCCAUGGAUUGCUUUGAUUCUGAAGCAGUUCAUAUGAAUAUGCCAAACACCUUCCAUUUUGGGGGUCCUCUUCCAAAUUUUACCCCUGAAAUGAAUUCACAAAUCUAAAUUUUCAUGAUC